AUGACGUCUCCCCUGUGCUGGGCGGCCGCCGCCAGCGCCAUGCCUUCUCAGGACCAUAUUUCAUCCCCCUCGAAAGCCAAGAGCAGUCAGGCUCAGAUUAAGCCCUUCCACCCUGGAGGCAAGGGCUCGGAGCAGGCCUGGCACUCCCUCCAUUCCAAGGUGGGAACCUUCCACGCCAGCGAGGGGAAGUCCACUGUGCACACGCAGGUGGCUGAGUUACAAAGGAAGAUACAACUGUUAGAGGGUGAUCGGAAGGCCUUUUAUGAGAGCACCCAGUGGAACAUCAAGAAGAAUCAGGAGACCAUCAGCCAGCUCCACGAAGAGACCAGGGUGCUGCAACUACAGUUGACGGACCUGCUGCAGGGAGAUGAGAAGGUGGUCCAGGCAGUGAUUCAGGAAUGGAAAUCAGAGAAGCCAUACCUAAAGAACAGGACAGGCCAGGCCCUGGAGCACCUGGACCACCGGCUGAAUGAGAAGGUGAAGCAGCUGAAUGCUCUUCGGUACCAUCUGGGGCUUCGGCAGAAGUGGCUGGAGGAGCUCCAGCUGCAGCACAGUCUGCGUGAGUUGGAGAUGGCAGAGGCGAAAGAUAGCAACACAGAAGUGGCCAAGACCAUGCGGAACCUAGAGAACCGCCUGGAGAAGGCCCGGAUGAAGGCGCAGGAGGCAGAACACAUCACCAGUGUGUACCUACAGCUCAAGGCCUAUCUGCAGGAGGAGAGCCUUCACUUGGAGAACCGGCUGGACUUCAUGGAGGCUGAGGUGGUGAGGACGAAACACGAGCUGGAGGAACUGAACCUAGUGAAUCAGGAGGCGCUCAACGCCAGGGACAUUGCCAAGAACCAGCUGCAGUAUCUGGAAGAGACCGUGUUCCGAGAGCGCAAGAAGCGCGAACGCUAUCUAACUGAGUGCAAGAAGCGCGCAGAAGAGAGGAAACUGCAGAACGAACGCAUGGAGCGCAAGACCCAGCGUGAGCACGUGCUGCUGCAGUCCAACGACACGCUCCAGGACAGCACGCGCUCCAAAGAGGAGGAGCUGCGGCAGCGCUGGAACAUGUACCAGAUGGAGGUGCUCUUCGGCAAGGUCAAGGACGCCACUGGCGUGGCGGAAACACACGCGGUGGUGCGGCGGUUCCUGGCGCAGGGCGACACCUUCGCGCAAUUGGAGACGCUCAAGAGCGAGAACGAGCAGACGCUGCUGAGGCUGAAGCAAGAGAAGCAACGGCUGCAGCGGGAGCUCGAAGACCUCAAGUACUCAGGGGAGGCCACGCUGGUGAGCGAGCAGAAGCUGCAAGUCGAGCUGCAGGGGCGCAUCAAGGCGGAGGAGGAGCGGCGCACUGACGCACAGGAGCGGCUGGAGCGCACCAUGCGGGCGAUGCAAACCACCAAAGAGGGCCUGGAACACCUGGCUGGCAAACUGAACCACAUCAUAGUGGCCGGCCGCUCCGCCGGAAAGGAGCUGGAUCCCAAGGCAGGUGACUAUCUGCCCAACCUGCUGAGCCUCGUGGAGGAAAAGCUGUUGAAGCUACAGGCGCAACUCCAGAACCACAACGUGCCAGAGAUGCUGCGCCACAUGGCCGACCGCGAGUUCUACUCCACCCUAGAGGGAAAGCUGCCGACGUACAACACCCGCAUCACCCUGCCUGUUGCCGGUCACAAGGACAAGUUCUUCGACGAAGAGGAGAGUGAGGACGAAGACAACGACGUGGUGACCCGCGCGGCGCUCAAACUGCUUUCCCAGAAGUUAAUCGAAUCCCGCAGCAAGAGGCGCGGUCGUUCGCGGAGGUCCUAGACUCGCCCUCGCGCCCACCUGGCGUUUCCGGGCCCCUGCGGAGCCCCCAAACCCCUCUGGGCCCAGUUACGGGUCCACGGGGCCCAUUCAAGGGCUGAACGAAGCCCGGAGAAGGGAGCAGAGCGAGCGGGCGAUGCCCGGAGUAGAGAAGGGGCUGGGCCGCCGGACGUUCCCACAGUAAAUCUCCCCAGGCUGGUCCGCGCCUGCCUCAGAAUCGCGCAAUAAAGGUCAGCCACCAGCC